GUUGGAUGAGGUAGCUAACGUCACCAUCGUCAUUUUCAAAACAGUUAAGAUGGCGGCGCACAUGAGACGGGCUUUCUGCCCCUUGCUCCGGAUGGCGAGAAGUACCACUCUUAUUCGGUUUCCAGAACGAAUUGGACUUUCAUACCAUACGCACUUAAGCAGGACAGUCCUUCCUGAACCCUGCAACAGAAGCACACACGUCCCAAUACGACAGGUUUCCAUCCUGACUCAAGAUACCCCAAACCCAAGAAGCUUGAAGUUUCUCCCAGAUAAGCCGGUUUUAGGAACCGGGACAUUGGAUUUUCCAUCUCUUAGCUCAACAGAGUGUUCAUCUUUGGCUAGAGACCUGUUUGAAAUCGAAGGAGUGAAAAGUGUAUUCUUUGGCCCGGACUUUAUCACCGUCACAAAAAUAGACGAGGACUUGGAGUGGACGGACAUCAAGCGCAAUGCCCUGGAAGCCAUGGCCAAAUUCUUUGAGAGCGGCGACCCCAUCACAACAGGAGAUGUGCACCCAGAAAGUAGUGUCUCUGAAGAUGACGAUGAAGUGGUGUUGAUGAUUAAGGAGCUUCUUGACACCAGAAUCAGACCAACGGUUCAGGAGGACGGUGGCGACGUGGUCUUCAAGGGCUUUGUGGACGGCACGGUGCAGCUGAAGCUGGUGGGCUCCUGCACAGGAUGCCCCAGCUCCACGGUGACCCUCAAAAACGGCAUUCAGAACAUGAUGCAGUUCUACAUUCCAGAAGUUACGGCGGUGGAGCAGGUGGAAGAUGAAGUGGACGAUGUCAACGCAAAGGUUUUCUCGGAGCUGGAACGCAAAUUACAAGAGUAGUCAUAAAGUUGAUUGACAAAUGUACUGAUUGAUCUUCAAGAAGAAAAAGGAAGAGAGGAACGAAGAAGGGCUGUUGCUGUGCGUUUAUCUGUGCCUGCUAGCUACAGAUAAAAUAAUCGUUUUUACUUUUCUUCACAGAAAUGUCAUGCCCAUAAGGUAAGGAAGAUAAUGUGGCUUGAUUAUACACUUUUUGCUUUAUUGUACCCACAAAAAAAUGGUCCAUUUUGUGAAGUUGUGCCAUUGAAGGCUUAAAAUGUCUUGCUGUAUUUAUUUUCACUGUAUACUGUAUUUUUGGAAGGUUUUUCGCAUUAGUUGAAUGCAGAAUGACGAGGAUGUAAUUCAUGCUUGAGAUAUUAAACAGAUGAUCUAUUGAGAA